GCAGGGAGCGACUGGAACGCUGAGAGAAGAAAGAAAGAAGUGAGAGCGAGAGCGCAGAUCUGAGGAUCUAAAGCAGGCAGGACGCAGCAGGAAGACGCAGCGAAUUACGCACAGUCUCCAGUUUGGAUGCUCGUCUCCCUGGGCGGACUUUGACUCACUCUUUGGACAUGGAGCUGCAUUCUUGAGACAGUGUGAAGAAGGAAUUGUUUUUACUAGUUGAUGAGAGAAGUGAGAGCCGUCCAGGCUUCGUUUCCUGUUUGCAGCUGGGCUGAAGAAGCCCCGCAGAGCUGCCUGAACACCAGAGCUCCUUCUCCGCGUAAGACCGCUGCCUGUCCGCUGCCAAACUCGGUGGAGAGAGAGAGAGAGAGAGAGAAAAAAAGAAAAUGUGCGACCUGAUGCCACCAGCCUCCCAGCCCGUGGAGAAAAUCGGCAAAAUGAAAAAGUUGAGGAGAACUUUGUCAGAGAGUUUCAGGAGCAUUGCUUUCAAGAAAGAGGACAGCGGCUUUGAUGAGAUAUGUGUCACAAAGAUGUCCACACGCAGCUGCCAGGGAACAGACUCGGUCAUCAAGCCCCUGGACACCAUCCCUGAGGACAAGAAGGUGAGAGUGCAGCGCACGCAGAGCGGCUUCGACCCGUUUGAGAAGCCUGCCAGCCAGGUGAAGAGGGUCCACUCUGAGAACAAUGCCUGCAUCAACGCCAAGAGCUCGUCCGCCGGCAAGGAGUCGCCAAAACUGCGCCGACACUCCAGCCCUAGUUCUCCCACAAGCCCCAAGUUUGGAAAGGCAGAUUCCUAUGAGAAGCUGGAGAAACUGGGAGAAGGCUCAUAUGCUACAGUUUACAAAGGAAAGAGCAAGGUGAACGGGAAACUGGUGGCUCUGAAGGUGAUCCGCCUGCAGGAGGAGGAAGGAACACCUUUCACUGCAAUAAGAGAAGCGUCUCUUCUGAAAGGCCUAAAGCACGCCAACAUUGUGCUGCUCCAUGACAUCAUCCACACCAAGGAAACCCUCACGCUGGUCUUUGAAUAUGUGCACACAGACCUGUGUCAGUACAUGGACAAACAUCCUGGAGGUCUCCAUCCUGACAACGUGAAGCUGUUCCUGUUCCAGUUACUGAGAGGCCUGUCCUACAUCCACCAGAGGUACAUCCUUCACCGCGACCUGAAACCACAAAACCUGCUCAUCAGUGACACUGGAGAGCUCAAACUGGCUGAUUUUGGCCUGGCCAGGGCCAAGUCAGUCCCCAGCCAUACCUACUCCAACGAAGUGGUGACCCUGUGGUACCGGCCUCCUGAUGUCCUGCUGGGAUCCACAGACUACUCGACCUGCCUGGACAUGUGGGGAGUUGGCUGCAUUUUCAUUGAGAUGAUCCAAGGAGUGGCUGCCUUUCCUGGGAUGAAGGACAUCCAGGAUCAGCUGGAGAGGAUAUUCCUGGUCCUUGGCACCCCGUCUGAGGAUACCUGGCCUGGUGUGAACUCUCUGCCUCACUUCAAGCCAGACCGCUUUACGGUGUACAGCGCUAAGAAGCUCAGACAAGCGUGGAAUAAGUUGGGCUACGUGGACCACGCUGAGGAGUUGGCCUCCAGGUUCCUCCAGUGCUUCCCAAAGAACCGUCUGUCAGCUCAGGCAGCACUGAACCACGAAUACUUCAGCAACCUUCCUCCACGGCUCUGGGAGCUGCAGGACAUGUCUUCUAUCUUCACCGUACCAAAUGUCAAGCUGCAGACAGAGAGCGGGGACAGCAUACAGGUGUGUGCACGAAGGAACAGUCAUGGGAAGGCAUCCUCUGGCAGCAAACACUGACCUGAGGCAGCAUCCUGCACAUGAUGCCUGACAGGUUGCUGUGGUUUAAAAGAGUGAAGACAAAGACGCUGAGAAGGAGGAUCAGACGAAUGAAAGAGCCCCAGUUCUCUUUAUUUAUUACCUUCACAGUACGUGAGCGUGCGAGCGGAUGCGUGUGUGAGCGUGUGGCGUGUGCAUGAGGAAGCGUGUGAGCAUUGAACAUAGACACGAAUGCAUGUGAGCAUUAUGAACGGUACCUAAGAUUUCAGGCUAUCAUUUGCAAAUUUUGUUUACUUUUUAUAAGGUUCAAUAACUCCUAUAUCAUUGUCACAGUAUAAACAAAAAGGACUUUACUAUUGGUACAUAUUGUGUUUUGUGUUUGUAACUAGCCUCCUAUUUAAGAAUGUAUAUUUGUAUGUAUGAUAUACUCAUUUAGAAACUAUAUAAUGGACACUUUUAAUAUCGCUUCAUCUUCUAACCACUAAACUGCUCUCGCCAUGACAUAACAGCUUCAGACAGGAGACACACAGACAAAAAUACAUGAACAAGACCGGAAACUAUGGAUUCAGCUCAAAAAUGUUCCUUCUCAGCCGGUUUAAACUUUUUUAUCCUAACUGGGUUCAACUCCAAAUUUGUGGAACCACAAACAUCAAUAUUACUAAAAGGGAGGGCUUUACAGUAUGACAGAUCCCCUGGCAGCCAUGUUGGAGGUCCUUUUGUUUCAUAAACAGCUGAUAACAGAAGAUCAAACUGGUUUGAUGACUGGUAUGUAGAUUUGGCUGGUUUAUUAGCUGGCUUACAGUGGUGUGAGGCUGCUCAACAAUUUUGGAUCCCCUUUAAAUGCUUAAAUGCAUUUGAAGGUCCCCAAUAGGACAGAGAGAUUCUCAUCUUUGUCAGAUGAUCCUCCUUCUUUCAGUGCGUGCCACCUGUGCGGGUUAAGACUGCACAUCCAGACAUUAUCCAUUAUCCAAUGAGAUGCUUCGUUUUUGUAGUUUUUACCAUCAUUCCCCAAAAACCAAGACCGGUUAGAGUAGUCAAUGGCUUAACAUAUAAACUGAUGUUCUUUAGUCAAGAUAUCGGCAAUGUAACCUGACACGCCAGAUGGAUUGUUUCGCACAUCCAUCUGGAAAACCUCCCAUAGACAGGGUUUGGUAAAGGGCAGAGCCUUUGAAAAAAACUCGGAGGGUAAUUGGAUGAACGUUCUGUCACAUCUUUACAGGCCAAUCAGAGCAACAGCACACGUGACGUAGCCGUUUAAUUGAAAUUUUGCCCAGAAAAGCUCACCACUGAACAAAAUAGGGACGUUUUUCACUUCACAAGUAAUAGAUGCAGUAAUGCAUCAGUAUAUGACUGCUUUGGUUUUUUACUGGGACUGCUGAAUAAUUGUUUUUUCAGCAUUAAUCUCUGAUUUUCUAUACUCGGUUACAAUUCAUUUUAAUUACGUGCAAUUUUUAAAUUCCUCUGUUCUACAAUUCAAAACUGUUCUUAUGCUUUUGUUUUGUAUUUUUAUAGUCCUAAACUAAGGGGUUUCCUUUUAUUCCUCUUCUGCAAUGUUAACAUAACCUUGCAAAGCUGAUGGAUUGGUCAGACUUCAUGUCUGUCAUCAGGCAAAUCUGUCUUACAAAGCUUUUUCUUGUGGGGAACCAAACACUAUUCUGACCAAUCAGCAUCAUUUGAGGAGAACGAGGCGGUAGCAAUGGGCGGGGUUUAGUUGUACUGUGAGCAGACAGCAACAUCUGUGUUACUGUGCUGCUAUACUUGGUGGAGUAUAGCGGCAGUUUAAUCUCAACUGGACCACAUUUCUUUAUACAAUAAAGAGCAACAAACAGCACUGAACGCUUUCAUGGCAGAGAAGGCGUGUCCGCCCUUCUGCUGACCUGCUUCGGCAUGAGUUUGCAAGACUUACAGGGGAAGGGGGGUGGGAGCUGUAGUAGGACAGUGUUAAUUUCAUCAACUAAAACGAUGACUAGAAAUGUUCGUCAACAGCUUUUUUUCCCAUGACUAAAACUAGACUAAAACUAACAAAAAUAGAUCUUUGAUGACUAAGACUGACAAAAGGUAAGUUAAGUUUGUGUCAAGAUGAUUAAAACUAGACUAAAAUGUAAUUUAGGUUUAGUCAGACAUUAAAUAUCUGAUCUUUCAUCACUGUGGGUAAAUCUGUCAAAAAACAAUGCAUCUGUAUUUCUUUUGUCUCUCAGCUGUAGAAAGCAGGGACCCCAGGUUUGGCAGAGUGCAGAGAACACACUACCAUGAUUUGGUACC